AUGCAUUCCGCCAUGGCUUUUAGGGCACGCCCAGUGGCCUUUCUGCGCCAGCGCAUUGGGUCCUGCCGGUUGGUGGGCAGGACCCGCGGACUGGCAACGGUAUCUGAUGGCGCGCAUUUUCUUCGAGCCGGAAAUAGACCUUACGAUGUUGUCGUCAUUGGAGGCGGUCAUGCCGGAUCAGAGGCAUGCGCCGCCGCCGCUCGCUCUGGCGCGCGCACCGCACUGGUGACGCCGUCGCUGUCGAAUAUCGGAGUCUGCUCGUGUAAUCCCAGUUUCGGCGGAAUCGGUAAGGGCACAAUGAUUCGCGAGGUGGAUGCCAUGGAUGGUGUUGCGGGACGCAUUAUCGACAAAGCCGGCGUUAUGUUUCGGGUCUUGAACCGCUCCAAGGGCCCGGCCGUGUGGGGACCGCGUGCGCAAAUCGACCGCGAUCUGUACCACAAGCAUAUGACGGAGGAAUUGGUCAAUACCCAGGGUCUCAGCAUUGUUGAGGGCAAGGUCGCUGAUAUUGUGAUCUCGAAGGAGGAAUUGGAUAACAACCCUGGUGCUCAGGGCAAAAUCGUUGGCGUCCGCUUGGAGUCGGGUGAGGUAAUUCCUACCGGCCGGGUGGUUAUCACGACGGGGACCUUCUUAGGGGGUGAAAUUCACGUUGGACUGAAAAGCUACCCCUCGGGACGAAUGGGCGAGGCCCCGACCUAUGGUCUGAGCAAGUCUCUGCGUGACGCUGGUUUCCAGCUGGGCCGCUUGAAGACAGGAACCCCGCCCCGGUUGGACUCGAAGUCGAUUGAUUUCUCGGCUUUAGAGAUUCAGCGAGGUGACUCACCCCCGAUGCCCUUCUCCUAUCUCAAUUCGACCGUCGAGGUUGGCGAUGAGGGCCAGCUUACAUGCUGGUUGACCCACACCAACGAAGCAUCGCAUGAGAUCAUCCGGGCCAAUCUGGAGAAUUCUAUACAUAUCAGGGAGACAGUCCGGGGACCACGCUACUGCCCAUCCUUGGAGUCCAAGAUCAUCCGAUUCAAGGAUAAAACACAGCAUCAGAUCUGGCUCGAACCAGAAGGCUUCGCACCUAACAACGUGAUCUAUCCGAACGGCAUCUCGAUGACUGUUCCCGAGGAUGCGCAGUACGCUAUGUUGCGAACUGUCCGCGGGCUGGAAAAUGUCCGUAUGCUUCAGCCAGGCUACGGAGUGGAAUAUGACUACAUUGACCCUCGCAACCUGCGACCAACGCUCGAGACCAAGCUGAUCAGCGGUCUGUACUUGGCUGGCCAGAUUAACGGCACAACGGGCUAUGAGGAGGCAGCCGGACAGGGUAUCAUUGCCGGCAUUAAUGCCGGUCUGGCCUCGCAGAACCGGCAGCCGAUGACCCUCACCCGCUCAGACGGGUUCAUUGGUAUCAUGAUCGACGACCUGAUCACCAAGGGAGUAUCCGAGCCGUACCGGAUGUUCACGACUCGAAGUGAAUAUCGCAUUUCCACCCGCUCUGACAACGCCGACCUGCGCCUUACCCGUAUGGCUCGCGAUGCCGGGGUCGUGGGCGACAAGCGCUGGCAGCAUUUCAGCGACACCGAGGCCCAGAUCCAGGAAUUGCAGUCCCUUCUGGAAAAUACGAGACUAUCCUCGACCGCCUGGUCUCGCAAAGGCUUCAAGGUCCGCGCCGACACUUCCAUCCGCUCCGCUCUGGACAUCCUUUGUCUCGACGGGGCAGAUAUCAACACCCUGAUUCCGCACAUGGACGCCGCUCCCGGAACAGCGUACAGCCCAGCAUCAUUCGCGCCGGAAAUCCGCACCCGCGUCGCCAUCGAAGGCCGCUACGCGCCGUACCUGAAACGGCAAGAGAAGAUGGCCCAACGGUUCCAGCAAGAUGAGAACUUGCUUUUGCCUGCGGACCUCGACUACAGCACGAUCUUCGGUAUCAGCAAUGAGGAAAAGCAAGCGCUUGAGCGUGUGCGUCCUUCUAGCGUUGGUAUGGCAAGACGGAUCGAAGGCGUCACGCCUGCCGGUGCGCUUCGCCUGCUGAUGCAUGUGCGGAAAGGCCGCGGGUUCACCAAGGAGAUAUCCGAAGACUCUGCCCUGGCAGAGGCUUUGGGUUCUUCGCCUUGA